AUGGACGGGGACGACCUCAUCGCCUCGGUCUACCGCAAGAUCGAGCGGGAAAAGGCCCUGAUCACCGCCGCGUCCAAUAUGCGACAGUCAACCGAUAAUCCCCUCGUGCAGCAGAGAGUCGAUGCGAACAUCCGUGAUGGUCGGAAGAACAUUGCUUACUUGGAGGAGAAGAUGAGAGAGUUGCAGCUACGUCGAGAUGGAGGAUCCCCCACGGACAAGCGUCUUCCACCUGAACCGGGUGCAGGGCCAGCCCCUCCUCCGAAGGACUAUGGUUCCGGCUAUGACGAAUAUGACGCCUCGGGGGCUUACCCGCAAGGAGGAUCUGGUUCUAUGCCGUCGGGCGCUCCCUUUUCAGAUCCCCGGCCUUUCGCUCCUGUUCCCAAGGCCCGGCCGAAUUUUACUAAACUUGACUUGAUCAAAUAUGAUACCCCGUAUCUCGGGCCUAAGAUCCAACUCAUGUUGUCCCAACUCGAGUUCAAGCUGAGUGUUGAAAAGCAAUACAAAGCAGGCAUUGAGAAGAUGGUUCGCCUGUAUCAGGAUGAGGGUGAUAGGAAGAGCCGCGCAGAUGCCGAGGGCCGGCGGAUCGAGAGUAAUCAGAAGAUUCAACUGCUAAAGCAGGCCUUGAAGCGAUAUGAAGAUCUUCACGUUGACAUUGAGUCGACAGACCCCCCAGACGAUGAGAGUUUGAACACCCCAAACAUGCGCAAGCCACUUACUGGUCUUCUAACAUUGCGUAUCCAGGCGGUCACUGAUGUAGAUCAUGCCACCAGCUCGAGGUUCUCUCGGGGCCCCGAGACUUUCGUCAUCAUCAAAGUUGAAGACACUAUCAAAGCCCGUACCAAAGCGACCCGGACCGAUAGGUGGCAAGAUGAGACCUUUACUGUCGACAUUGACAAGGCAAAUGAAAUUGAGCUUACCGUGUACGACAAGUCGGGUGACAGGCCCACUCCGAUUGGCAUGCUUUGGGUGCGCAUCUCCGAUAUCGCCGAGGAGAUGCGUCGCAAGAAGCUCGAAAGCGAGCUCAAUGCAUCGGGUUGGGUUUCCGCGGAUAAGAUGGAACACGGCGGUUCGUCGGGGCGGCCUGACACCGCUGGACAACCGGGAUCUCCGCAUGCCCCAGGCUCCGCGGGGCAUCUUGGCCCCCCUGCCCAGGGUUAUACAGGUGCUCCGGGUGGAGCGCCCUCUUCAAACUCAGUGAUGAUCGAGUCUUGGUUCGCAUUAGAACCCGUGGGUCGAAUCCAUCUGUCGAUGAGCUUUGCCAAACAAUUGAAGGAUCGACGACCGUUCGAUAUUGGUCUCAACCGACAGGGUGCCGUUCGUCAGAAGAAGGAAGAGGUCCACGAAAAGCAGGGACACAAGUUCGUCACUCAACAAUUUUACAAUAUCAUGCGUUGUGCUCUCUGUGGUGAUUUCCUAAAAUAUGCUGCCGGCAUGCAAUGCGCCGACUGCAAGUAUACGUGUCACCGCAAGUGUUACCCGAAGGUCGUUACCAAGUGUAUCAGCAAGGCAAACUACGAGACGGAUCCAGACGAGGAGAAAAUCAAUCACCGUAUUCCUCAUCGGUUCGAAGGCUUCUCCAACCUCUCUGCCAACUGGUGUUGUCACUGCGGAUACUUGCUCCCAUUUGGACGUAAAAGUGCCAAGCGAUGUUCAGAAUGUGGCCUCACUUGCCAUGCCAACUGUACUCAUCUUGUCCCUGACUUCUGUGGCAUGUCUAUGGAAGCUGCGAACCAGAUCUUAGAAACGUUGAUUCGUGCUAAGAACCACAAUAAAUCCGCUUCUGUUAGUUCUGGUCUCAGUGGCCGCACCCUGCGGCCAGGUGGCCCGCCUCAAACCCCUCAGGAUCCUGCUCUUGCAUAUCCGCAAAAACCUGUGGAGAGCCCAUAUGGGUUACCUCAAAGAGAGCCUUCUGCCGAAGCCGUGAGCGCUGCCACUAACUCGUAUAUACCACCACAGUCUCCAACAGCCGCACAGCGACAGCAAAUGCCGCCAAGAACGUCAUCUGCAGGUCCUGCCGCUGCCGCUGCCGCUGCCGCCACAGGCAUGCGCACGCCCCAACAGAUGCCUAGUAUGCUGUCCUAUAGCCCCUCCACCACCUCCCCUUCGUCCGGUGCAAACCCAGCCGCCUUCCCACGCCCAUUAUGA